GAUUUGGCCUUUUUCUCCUCUGUUUCUCAUACGAGUGAGUUAUUGGCUGGAGUUGGCAAGAUGGUAGCAUCCAAAAGGUUAUACAGCAGGGCAGUUUUCACGGGUUACAGGAGAGGACUCCGCAACCAGCAUGAAAACCAAGCUCUUCUCAAGCUAGAGGGAGUAGAAUCCAGAAGGGAAGCCACCUGGUAUCUUGGCAAGAAGUGUGCCUACGUCUACAAGUGCAAGAACAAGACGAAGUGUCCCGGCAAGGACAAGCCAACCAACACCCGUGUGAUCUGGGGUAAGAUCAUCAAGACACACGGUAAGAGUGGCGGCUGCAGGGCCAAGUUCAAGAGCAACCUUCCCGGCCAGGCUAUCGGCAAGAGGAUUAGGGUGAUGCUGUACCCAUCUCAGAUCUAAACCAACCAUCGUCAAUGUAUAGUAAUAUCGGUCCAUCAUCACGUAAUAAAGAACUUAUGUGCUGAUGAAA